GACUGCUUUAGCAACCUUUGAUCAGAAGUCUGAUGAGCAGAAUACUUCAGUAGCUUCUGAUGGCGAGAUCUCAGAUUCUGACACUUUAGCAGAGAAAUCUUCAGAAUAUGAAGAGCUGGAAAAACCCUACAAAUCUUUAAUAUUGAGUGAAGAGCACAGUAAAGAGCUCACACCAUGGCAGAGGAUAGUUAUCUUCUGGAAGUGGAUUAAUCUGUCAACACGGUGGCCCUGGUUACAGAGACUGCUGUCUACAACUGGAGCAUGGAAGGUGACUCCCAACCUCAGAAAAUGUUUGACCGCCAUGCAAGCCUGGAAGGUGUUGUCACCAGGCACAUUCGAGGGUCAUGCUGCCGCAUUUGCCGAAUUCAAGAUAGAAAAGAACUCAAAACCUUCUACUCUCUUAUGCCUUUGCCUGUACGAUGGACAAGCAGGAGGAAAGUUGCACAUCAUAGAGGUUGGGCAGCCAGCCAAUGGAAACCAGCCCUUUGCCAAGAAAGCUGUAGACGUCUUCUUCCCCCCUGAGGCCCAGACUGACUUCCCUGUAGCCAUGCAGAUUGGUUCUAAGCAUGGAGUAAUCUAUUUGAUUACAAAGUAUGGCUACAUUCACAUGUAUGACUUGGAAUCAGGUGUCUGUAUCUACAUGAACCGCAUCAGUGCUGAUACCAUCUUUGUCACAGCUCCCCAUGAACCUACCUCUGGCAUCAUAGGAGUAAACAAGAAAGGACAGGUGCUCUCCGUGUGUGUGGAAGAGGAUAACAUUGUGAACUAUGCCACCAAUGUACUACAGAACCCAGAUCUGGGACUACGCAUGGCUGUUCGCAGCAAUCUGGCUGGGGCUGAGGAACUAUUUGCAAGGAAGUUUAACACACUUUUUACUCAAGGGAAUUACUCUGAAGCAGCCAAAGUAGCCGCAUGUGCACCAAAGGGAAUCUUGCGCACAGCAGACACAAUAAGGAAGUUUCAGACAGUGCCAGCACAACCUGGACAAGCAUCCCCUUUGCUUCAGUACUUUGGCAUUUUACUAGAUCAGGGACAGUUGAACAAACUAGAGUCUCUAGAGCUUUGCAGGCCGGUCCUGCAACAGGGACGCAAACAGCUGUUAGAAAAGUGGCUUAAAGAAGAUAAGUUGGAGUGCUCUGAGGAGCUGGGAGACCUUGUCAAAGCUGUAGAUCCAACUCUUGCUCUGAGUGUUUAUCUUCGGGCCAACGUGCCAAGCAAAGUGAUCCAGUGCUUUGCUGAGACAGGACAGUUUCAGAAGAUUGUCCUCUAUGCCAAAAAGGUGGGGUACACGCCAGACUGGAUCUUCCUUCUCCGCAGUGUUAUGCGGAUCAGCCCAGAACAGGGUUUACAGUUUUCUCAGAUGCUGGUGCAGGAUGAAGAACCCUUGGCCAAUAUCAAUCAGAUUGUAGAUGUCUUUAUGGAGAAUAGCCUUAUCCAGCAGUGCACAUCCUUCCUGCUUGAUGCACUAAAAAACAAUCGUCCUGCAGAAGGCCACCUUCAGACACGCUUGCUGGAGAUGAACCUGAUCCAUGCACCACAGGUAGCAGAUGCCAUUCUAGGAAACCAGAUGUUUACACAUUAUGACCGUGCCCACAUUGCUCAGCUUUGUGAAAAGGCAGGACUGCUGCAGAGAGCCCUUGAACACUACACAGACCCUUAUGAUAUUAAAAGAGCUGUGGUGCACACACACCUUCUCAAUCCAGAGUGGCUGGUAAACUUUUUUGGCUCACUGUCUGUGGAGGAUUCUGUGGAGUGCCUGCGCGCAAUGCUAUCAGCUAACAUCAGGCAGAAUCUACAACUCUGUGUUCAAGUGGCAUCCAAGUAUCAUGAACAACUGGGCACUCAGAACCUCAUUGAACUCUUCGAGUCUUUCAAGAGUUAUGAAGGUCUCUUCUACUUCCUGGGAUCCAUAGUUAACUUCAGCCAAGACCCUGACGUGCACUUUAAGUAUAUCCAGGCAGCAUGCAAAACAGGACAGAUUAAGGAGGUGGAACGGAUCUGCAGAGAAAGCAACUGUUACAAUCCUGAACGUGUCAAAAACUUCCUCAAAGAGGCCAAACUUACAGACCAACUUCCAUUAAUUAUUGUUUGUGACCGUUUUGACUUUGUCCAUGAUCUUGUCCUCUACCUGUAUCGCAACAACCUUCAGAAAUAUAUUGAGAUCUAUGUGCAAAAGGUCAAUCCAAGCCGUAUCCCAGCGGUUGUGGGAGGACUUCUGGAUGUGGAUUGUUCUGAAGAUAUUAUAAAGAACCUAAUUAUGGUUGUACAUGGCCAGUUCUCCACUGAUGAACUGGUUGCUGAGGUGGAAAAAAGGAACAGGUUGAAGUUGCUCCUACCUUGGCUGGAAUCUCGAAUUCAUGAAGGGUGUGAAGAGCCAGCUACCCACAAUGCUUUGGCCAAAAUUUAUAUUGACAGCAACAACAACCCAGAACGGUUCCUAAGGGAGAACCCCUUUUAUGACAGCUGUGUUGUGGGCAAGUACUGUGAGAAGAGAGACCCCCACCUGGCUUGUGUGGCAUAUGAAAGGGGACAGUGUGACCUGGAGCUUAUUAAGGUAGUUGUCAGGAAGUCUCAGCUUUUUCCUUAUUAAAUGGCAAACAAUAUA